GUCUAUUAAUCAGCCAAAUGAAGAAUUAAACGGAAGAUCUUGACUACCGAACGCUUGAUCAGAUACAAUAUGGCGGUUUAAUUAGAAAAAUGAUAUUUUUAUAGUUGCAACAGUUGUAAAAUGAACAUACGACAAGAGAAAUUCAUAAAGGAAUUCAACUAAAAAAAAUAUGGCGGUUUUAGUAGAAAAUCCCACUUCACUAGAUAAUGAACUGAAAGGUCCGGUUACGGAUGAAGUGCAUCAUGCUAAGCUUGCAGAUGUUAUUCAUCUUAAGGAAGCCAGAUUUGACGACCGUGGGCUUUUACAAAUUUCAACAGUGAAACAUAAACCGGAAAUAAUAAAAUAUGACAUGAAACACAAAACCAGAUCUGCAAAAACGAAAGACACCGACAACAGAAGUGAAACAACAAGACCUCUAACUGGUUUGACCAAUGAAAAUAGAUUGGAUGUUGAAAAAUCGGAAAUUCAAACAACUGCUCUGUCCGUUACCGUUGAACGAAAGCCUCUUCAUAAUAUUCAGCCUGGUAGGAGUGUAACCGACCAUGGACGAAGUUUCGGUGGUGCCCAUCCGGUUCAUAUUGGUUCAGCGCCACCUAUGUCUUCACCAACUGCAUACGAAAGAGGUAUGCUGAUUCAGCAAAACAGGAGUCGUCGUGUCCCUGCUAGAAUGGUCCGUCUAGCAACAGUCUCAAUGUCUGCAAGAACUAAACCACAGUCUCGUGGUCAAAUGGCCAGUCUUUACUAUGAAGAACCAAAGAAACCACCGAAAGUAAUUACAUGGGAUGAGGCUAGUAAUGCCCGACCACCUCUAAGGAUUGAUAUGGAGGGGCCUGGGCCAUGUACAUAUUCAGCGCAUAAUGUUAAACCUCUCAACGAGACUAAUGCUCCAGUUUGGACUUUUGGUGGAAAAUGUGAUCCCGAGAGAGAGGGUGGAUGUAGGACAUCCUGGGAGAAAACAUGGUUCCAAACACCACAUAUAUGGCAAACUAAAGUUGACUUCUAUAAUGAUACCAGUUGGCCGUCACCAAAUAUAUAUAAACAGAGACCAUUACUUGGUCCAAAGCAAAGAACCUUUUCAGAAGCUCCAAGUUUUACAAUAGGAAAUAGGAAAAACUUUAACUUAGAGAAGAAAGGUGCAGACAAAGAACCAUCACCCAACAGCUACGAAAAAUCAUCAGCAGAUAAAGCUACAUUCAAUAAAGCACCAGCAUAUUCCCAUCAGUUCCGGAGAUCAGGGACGGUUCUCUGGGCUCACCCUGGGAAAACGCCAGGUCCAGCUGCUUACACACCUAGAUUUGAUGCCAACAAAACGAAUAAACCUGCCUUUACGAUUAGAAGUUUAAGGAGGGAGAAAUCUCAUGUUUUAGGGCCAUUCUCAACAUUCUGAAGCAUUACGUGUUAUCAGUAGAUGUUCGUCAGAAACGAUUGGACACUGGGAUAAUCAUGAUCACAACAAUCGUCUUAGUGCUUAUCAUGCUUAUAAAAGUUAUUGCAAAUAUGUGAAAUUUUCAUGUAUUGGCAAAUCAUGUGCAAAGUAACCUUUUGUCUUUUGUUAUUAUGAUUAUUUUUUUGAAACACUCCUGGAAAUAAUGUUUAUCAGCUAUUAAACUUCAUUGUAUGUUGUAUCAGUAAUUACAAUGAGCACCUUUUUUUUCCAACUUUUUGCGCUGGAUUUGCGCUAUGGCGUCCAUAUAAAGAGAUAUGCCCUUUUCAAAGUACUGAUAUGUAUACAAUAUAUGUACAUUGUUGCAAAAUAUAAAAAAAAAUGUAUGAGCUUUAGAAACAGGACGAAAAGCGAGGAUCGACGAUCUUUUCUCCUGUUUCGUAGCGAGUUCAAAUAAAUUUCAUAUUUCCGACAAUACACAUAUAUUGUUUUUAUCCUGUAAUUUACACCCUGCACUGUAAGGUUUAGUUUUUUUAACUCCAAACAGUUGUCUCUUGUUUUUAAAAGAAAUAGACAUAGUUCAAACGCGGACCGCGAAGAGAACACCAAAAUGAACUGUUAUCCAAAAAGAAAUAUUCACAUUACCGUUUGCUCAACAUGGAAGCGGAGUAACAGGAGGCAAAUAUUUAUUUUGUUAUUUGUACAAAAGUUGGCUGUUUGCAGGGUAAAAAUGUUUCCAUGACUGGUGUAGCUACAUCAAAAUUACUGUGAUAGUGUGUCGAAAAAUUACUGUGAUAGUGUGUCUGGGUAAUCGUUUGUGAUACUGUGAUAUUUGUUAAAUGUGAUAAAAAAAAAAUUCAAGUUAAACCCUUGAGUACACUUUACAUGUAAAUGCAUAUAUGUAUAUAUAAUAAAUUACAAAACAGUAUUUCUUUAUAUGUGCAUUUCUUACAAUUUUUGAAAUGAUCCAUAUAAUUAGAUGUUGUUGAACAGUUUUCUUGUUAAAGAGAAUUUUAAUGACCAGUAUUUUUUUAUUAAACUGUUAACCAUUA